GGUCAACAAUUCGCGUGUGUGCAAUUCCAAGAGCAUUUAUGUUUCAGUAUGAAAUUGCUAAUAUUAUGCUUGUUAGUCGCAUCGGGCGCUACUUUUACACUUUUCGGGCCACAUAUUCGAAUUUCACCUGGCGAUCAUCACAAUGAGAUUAUAUUGCACUUCCGGAAUCCUUGCAAUAAUAAGACAAGCUACACAACUACUAUUCGCCCACCCUCCACACCUUGUAAAUAUCAUCCAACCACACCAAAUUGUGAACACCGCACAACAACUGCAACUAAACAACCAUGCCAGCACAAAACAACCACACCUCACGACUGCCCAGGAGACACAACAGCAACGGCACAAACUUCGACUCCCAAGCCCACAUAUCAGACAACCAUACAAACAACACAUCAAACUACAGUUAAAACUACACCGAAGUCGAGCACAGAAAAGCCAACUUCAUCGAAGCCAACUGUUCCUAGCUCCACAACAUUGAAGCCAAGCACUGAAAAAUCAACUACAUCGAAGCCAACUGUUCCCAGCUCCACAACAUUGAAGCCAAGCACAGAAAAGCCAAUCACUUCGAAACCAACCCUUCCUAGCUCCACAACAUUGAAGCCAAGUACAGAAAAACCAACCACAUCGAAGCCAACUGUUCCUAGCUCCACAACUUUGAAGCCAAGUACAGAAAAACCAACCACAGCGAAGCCAACUGUUCCAAGCACCACAACAUUGAAACCAAGCACAGAAAAGCCAACCACUCCGAAGACAACUGUUUCUAGCUCCACAACAUUGAAGCCAAGUACAGAAAAACCAACCACAUCCAAGCCAACUGUUCCUAGCACUACAACGUUGAAGCCAAGUACAGAAAAACCAACCACAUCGAAGCCAACUGUUCCUAGCACUACAACGUUGAAGCCAAGCACCGAAAAGCCAACUGUUCCUAGCACUACAACAUUGAAACCAAGCACAGAAAAGCCAACCACUUCGAAACCAACUGUGCCCAGCACCACAACAUUGAAGCCAAGCACAGAAAAGCCAACCACUUCGAAACCAACUGUGCCCAGCACCACAACAUUGAAGCCAAGUACAGAAAAACCAACCACAGCGAAGCCAACUGUUCCUAGCACUACAACGUUGAAGCCAAGCACCGAAAAGCCAACCACUUCGAAGCCAACUGUGCCCAGCUCCACAACAUUGAAGCCAAGUACAGAAAAACCAACCACAUCGAAGCCAACUGUUCCUAGCUCCACAACAUUGAAGCCAAGUACAGAAAAGCCAACCACUUCGAAACCAACUGUACCCAGCACCACAACAUUGAAGCCAAGUACAGAAAAACCAACCACAGCGAAACCAACUGUUCCUAGCACUACAACGUUGAAGCCAAGCACCGAAAAGCCAACUGUUCCUAGCACCACAACAUUGAAACCAAGCACACAGAAGCCAACUGUGCCCAGCACCACAACAUUGAAGCCAAGUACAGAAAAACCAACGACUUCGAAACCAACUGUGCCCAGCACCACAACAUUGAAACCAAGCACAGAAAAGCCAUCCACUUCGAAACCAACUGUGCCCAGCACCACAACAUUGAAGCCAAGUACAGAAAAACCAACGACUUCGAAACCAACUGCGCCCAGCACCACAACAUUGAAGCCAAGUACGGAAAAGCCAACCACUUCGAAACCAACUGUGCCCAGCACCACAACAUUGAAGCCAAGUUCAGAAAAACCAACCACAUCGAAGCCAACUGUUCCUAGCUCCACAACAUUGAAGCCAAGCACAGAAAAAGCCAACCACAUCGAAACCAACUCACAGAAAAACCAACCACAUCGAAGCCAACUGUUCCUAGCACUACAACAAAAGCCAAACACUUCGAAGCCAACGGUGCCCAGCACCACACCAUUGAAGCCAAGCACAGAAAAGCCAACCACUUCGAAACCAACUGUACCCAGCACCACAACAUUGAAGCCAAGUACAGAAAAACCAACCACAGCGAAGCCAACUGUACCCAGCACUACAACGUUGAAGCCAAGCACCGAAAAGCCAACUAAAAAGCCAACCACUUCGAAACCAUCUGUGCCCAGCACCACAACAUUGAAGCCAAGUACAGAAAAACCAACCACAUCGAAGCCAACUGUUCCUAGCACUACAACAUUGAAGCCAAGUACAGAAAAACCAACCACAUCGAAGCCAACUGUUCCUAGCACUACAACUGUGAAGCCAAGCACAGAAAAGCCAACGACUUCGAAACCAUCUGUGCCCAGCACCACAACAUUGAAGCCAAGUACAGAAAAACCAACCACAUCGAAGCCAACUGUUCCUAGCACUACAACGUUGAAGCCAAGCACCGAAAAGCCAACUGUUCCUAGCACCACAACAUUGAAGCCAAGUACGGAAAAGCCAACCACUUCGAAACCAACUGUGCCCAGCACCACAACAUUGAAGUCAAGUACAGAAAAACCAACCACAUCGAAGCCAACUGUUCCUAGCACUACAACGUUGAAGCCAAGCACCGAAAAGCCAACUGUUCCUAGCACCACAACAUUGAAACCAAGUACAGAAAAACCAACCACAGCGAAGCCAACUGUACCCAGCACUACAACGUUGAAGCCAAGCACCGAAAAGCCAACUGUUCCUAGCACCACAACAUUGAAGCCAAGUACAGAAAAGCCAACCACUUCGAAACCAACUGUGCCCAGCACCACAACAUUGAAGCCAAGUACAGAAAAGCCAACCACUUCGAAGCCAACUGUGCCCAGCACCACAACAUUGAAGCCAAGUACAGAAAAACCAACGACUUCGAAACCAACUGUGCCCAGCACCACAACAUUGAAGCCAAGUACAGAAAAACCAACCACAUCGAAGCCAACAGUUCCUAGCUCCACAACAUUGAAGCCAAGCACAGAAAAACCAACCACAGCGAAGCCAACUGUUCCUAGCACUACAACAUUGAAGCCAAGCACCGAAAAGCCAACUGUUCCUAGCACCACAACAUUGAAACCAAGCACAGAAAAGCCAACCACUUCGAAGCCAACUGUGCCCAGCACCACAACAUUGAAGCCAAGUACAGAAAAACCAACGACUUCGAAACCAACUGUGCCCAGCACCACAACAUUGAAGCCAAGUACAGAAAAGCCAACCACAUCGAAGCCAACAGUUCCUAGCUCCACAACAUUGAAGCCAAGCACAGAAAAACCAACCACAGCGAAGCCAACUGUUCCUAGCACUACAACUUUGAAGCCAAGCACAGAAAAACCAACCACUUCGAAACCAACUGUGUCCAGCACCACAACAUUGAAGCCAAGUACAGAAAAACCAACGACUUCGAAACCAACUGUGCCCAGCACCACUACAUUAAAGCCAAGUACAGAAAAGCCAACCACUUCGAAACCAACUGUGCCCAGCACCACAACUUUGAAGCCAAGUACAGAAAAACCAACCACUUCGAAACCAACUGUGCCCAGCACCACAACAUUGAAGCCAAGUACAGAAAAACCAACCACAGCGAAGCCAACUGUUCCUAGCACUACAACAUUGAAGCCAAGCACCGAAAAGCCAACUGUUCCUAGCACCACAACAUUGAAGCCAGCACAGAAAAAGCCAACCACUUCGAAGCCAAAAAAACCAACGACUUCGAAACCAACAGUUCCUAGCUCCACAACAUUGAAGCCAAGCACAGAAAAAUCAACCACAGCGAAGCCAACUGUUCCUAGCACUACAACUUUAAAGCCAAGCACAGAAAAACCAACGACUUCGAAACCAACUGUGCCCAGCACCACUACAUUGAAGCCAAGUACAGAAAAGCCAACCACUUCGAAACCAACUGUGCCCAGCACCACAACAUUGAAGCCAAGUACAGAAAAACCAACCACUUCGAAACCAACUGUGAGUACAGAAAAACCAACCACAGCGAAGCCAACUGUGCCCAGCACUACAACGUUGAAGCCAAGCACCGAAAAGCCAACUGUUCCUAGCACCACAACAUUGAAACCAAGCACAGAAAAGCCAACCACUUCGAAACCAACUGUGCCCAGCACCACAACAUUGAAGCCAAGUACAGAAAAGCCAACUGUUCCUAGCACUACAACAUUGAAACCAAGCACAGAAAAGCCAACCACUUCGAAACCAACUGUGCCCAGCACCACAACAUUGAAGCCAAGCACAGAAAAGCCAACCACUUCGAAACCAACUGUGCCCAGCACCACACCAUUGAAGCCAAGUACAGAAAAGCCAACCACUUCGAAACCAACUGUGCCCAGCACCACAACAUUGAAGCCAAGUACAGAAAAGCCAACCACAGCGAAGCCAACUGUUCCUAGCACUACAACGUUGAAGCCAAGCACCGAAAAGCCAACCACUUCGAAACCAACUGUGCCCAGCACCACAACAUUGAAGCCAAGUACAGAAAAACCAACGACUUCGAAACCAACUGUGCCCAGCACCACAACAUUGAAGCCAAGUACAGAAAAACCAACCACAGCGAAGCCAACUGUUCCUAGCACUACAACGUUAAAGCCAAGCACCGAAAAACCAACGACUUCGAAACCAACUGUGCCCAGCACCACAACAUUGAAGCCAAGUACAGAAAAACCAACCACAGCGAAGCCAACUGUUCCUAGCACUACAACGUUGAAGCCAAGCACCGAAAAGUCAACUGUUCCUAGCACCACAACAUUGAAACCAAGCACAGAAAAGCCAACCACUUCGAAGCCAACUGUGCCCAGCACCACAACAUUGAAACCAAGCACAGAAAAGCCUCCACACACUCAACCAACGCAGCCAACUCAACCGACCCAACCAACACAACCUCCACACACUCAACCGACGCAACCAACUCAACCGACCCAACCAACACAGCCUCCACACACUCAACCGACGCAGCCAACUCAACCGACCCAACCAACACAGCCUCCACACACUCAACCAACGCAGCCAACUCAACCGACCCAACCAACACAACCUCCACACACUCAACCGACGCAACCAACUCAACCGACCCAACCAACACAGCCUCCACACACUCAACCGACGCAGCCAACUCAACCGACCCAACCAACACAGCCUCCACACACUCAACCAACGCAGCCAACUCAACCGACCCAACCAACACAACCUCCACACACUCAACCGACGCAACCAACUCAACCGACUCAACCGACCCAACCAACACAGCCUCCACACACUCAACCGACGCAGCCAACUCAACCGACCCAACCAACACAGCCUCCACACACUCAACCAACGCAGCCAACUCAACCGACCCAACCAACACAGCCUCCACACACUCAACCUACUAAACCAAGCACCACAACAUUGAAACCAAUCACAGAAAGGCCAACCACAUCGAAACCAACUGUUCGUAGCACCACAACAUUGAAGCCGAGCACAGAAAAGCCAACCACAUCGAAGCCAACUGUUCCUAGCACCACAACAUUGAAGCCAAGCACCAAAAAGCCAUCCACAUCGAAACCAACUGAGGCGAGCACCACAACAUUGAAGCCAAGCACAGAAAAACCAACCACAUCGAAACCAACUGUUCGUAGCACCACAACAUUAAAGCCGAGCACAGAAAAGCCAACCACAUCGAAGCCAACUGUUCGUAGCACCACAACAUUGAAGCCGAGCACAGAAAAGCCAACCACAUCGAAGCCAACUGUUCCCAGCACCACAACAUUGAAGCCGAGCACAGAAAAGCCAACCACAUCGAAGCCAACUGUUCCUAGCACCACAACAUUGAAACCAAGCACAGAGAAGCCAACUGUGCCCAGCACCACAACAUUGAAGCCAAGUACAGAAAAACCAACCACUUCGAAACCAACUGUGCCCAGCACCACAACAUUGAAGCCAAGUACAGAAAAACCAACCACAGCGAAGCCAACUGUGCCCAGCACUACAACGUUGAAGCCAAGCACCGAAAAGCCAACUGUUCCUAGCACCACAACAUUGAAACCAAGCACAGAAAAGCCAACCACUUCGAAACCAACUGUGCCCAGCACCACAACAUUGAAGCCAAGUACAGAAAAACCAACGACUUCGAAACCAACUGUGCCCAGCACCACAACAUUGAAGCCAAGUACAGAAAAACCAACCACAUCGAAGCCAACUGUUCCUAGCUCCACAACAUUGAAGCCAAGCACAGAAAAACCAACCACAGCGAAGCCAACUGUUCCUAGCACUACAACUUUGAAGCCAAGCACAGAAAAGCCAACCACUUCGAAACCAACUGUGCCCAGCACCACAACAUUGAAGCCAAGUACAGAAAAACCAACCACAGCGAAGCCAACUGUGACCAGCACUACAACAUUGAAGCCAAGCACAGAAAAUCCAACCACUUCGAAACCAACUGUGCCCAGCACCACAACAUUAAAGCCAAGUACAGAAAAACCAACCACAGCGAAGCCAACUGUUCCUAGCACCACAACAUUGAAGCCAAGCACCGAAAAGCCAUCCACAUCGAAGCCAACUGAGGCGAGCACCACAACAUUGAAACCAAUCACAGAAAAGCCAACCACUUCGAAACCAACUGAACCGAGCACAACAUCGUGGUGGCCAAGCACUCGAAAAUCGACCACUUUGAAGCCAACAGAGCCGAGUCCCACAACCAGGAAGCCAACCACUUCGAAACCAACAGAGCCGAGCACCACAACAUUGAAGCCCAGCACAGAAAAGCCAACCACUUCGAAACCAACUGAGCCGAGCACCACAACAUUGAAGCCAAGCACAGAAAAGCCAACCACAUCGAAACCAACUGUUCGUAGCACCACAACAUUGAAGCCGAGCACAGAAAAGCCAACCACAUCGAAGCCAACUGUUCCUAGCACCACAACAUUGAAGCCAAGCACCGAAAAGCCAUCCACAUCGAAGCCAACUGAGGCGAGCACCACAACAUUGAAACCAAUCACAGAAAAGCCAACCACUUCGAAAACAAUUGAACCGAGCACAACAUCGUGGUGGCCAAGCACUCGAAAAUCGACCACUUUGAAGCCAACAGAGCCGAGUCCCACAACCAGGAAGCUAACCACUUCGAAACCAACAGAGACGAGCACCACAACAUUGAAGCCAAGCACAGAAAAGCCAUCCACAUCGAAGCCAACUGUUCGUAGCACAACAACAUUCAAGCCGAGCACAGAAAAGCCAACUGUUCGUAGCACAACAACAUUGAAGCCCAGCACAGAAAAGCCAACCACUUCGAAACCAACUGAGCCGAGCACCACAACAUUGAAGCCAAGCACAGAAAAGCCAGCCACAUCGAAACCAACUGUUCGUAGCACCACAACAUUCAAGCCGAGCACAGAAAAGCCAACUGUUCGUAGCACAACAACAUUGAAGCCCAGCACAGAAAAGCCAACCACUUCGAAACCAACUGAGCCGAGCACAACAUCGUGGUGGCCAAGCACUCGAAAAUCGACCACUUUGAAGCCAACAGAGCCGAGUCCCACAACCAGGAAGCCAACCACUCUGAAGCCAACAGAGCCGAGCACCACAACGUUGAAACCCAUCACACAAAAGCCAACCACUUCGAAACCAACUGAGCCAAGCACCACAUCGUGGUGGCCAAGCACUCGAAAACCGACCACAUUGAAGCCAACAGAGCCGAGUUCCACAACCAGGAAGUCAACCACUCUGAAGCCAACUGAGCCGAGCACCACAACCAGGAAGCCAAGUACACAAAAGCCAACCACCUUAAAACCAACUACUCCCAGCACCACAACACGUAAACCGAUUACUCAAAAGCCCAGCACAUCCCCGCCCACAACGGAAAAGGUAACAACGGAAGGAACUGGAAGUACUACUGAGUCACUGCCCCCUUUUAAUGUCUUUCAAGUGCAAUCGACUACGGAAGGUGUCGAUUAUAACUAAACUAACUUUGUAAUAUAUCGUGCUAAAACGGUAUAUACCUCAUAUAUAAUAUAUUUCACAGAAUUUGU